CCACUGGUUCAGACAAGCUCAUGGUAAAGAUAUUUUAUUUUGGAUAUUGCAAUGUCUUAGUUUUUGUUCCAACAGGUAAGAUAGGCGGUCUAUUUGAAUCUGUCAUCCAACCUCCGAAGAAUGCGAUUAUAAGAUGGUUUUAUUGGUCCUUAAUAAAGUUCAGACUUUCCCAUUAUCCAGUUAAGUCUUGAGAUUCACUCAACGAAAAUCUGUAAUCUUCUGAUUAUUCAAACAUCUACCCAGGUUAUUACUCGCAAGUGUAAUUAGUCAAAAAGCUUAAAAUCUUAAAGACUGUUUGGAACAAAGAAAUUUUAGAGCUAAAAUUUAGAUAGCCUUGUUGACAAGCGUAUCAGUAAAAUACUCUGAGCUCAUGGAUUUCAUAGUAAUUCGAUUCAAGGAGUGCAUAUCAGCAAGCUAUGCCAAGUAGUCUGAGUAUGUGAAAAGACUGAGACUUUCGGACGAACACGUGACUUAAUUGCUGGGGAAUAAUCCGUUCAUCUAUGCCAAAAACUGUAGUGCUUAUGGCCGUUUAAAAGCAGACAACACGAAUUUCUACAGUUGGCCCACUAUUUCUCGGUUUCAGUUUGGCCCGACUUUCUGUCGACGACGUCGACAGACAGCUCCAUUCACGUGUUGAGGUAAUGAAUCCCAUUCCUUGAUGAUCCAACUGGAUAGUCGAUAGUCAGCUGACAACUAGUUUAUUCUGGGCUUGUGAACAUUUUAAGUGUCCUCGUAAGUUCUCUGUUUUGGAAGACAAGAAAAUUGUGGACACAUCAGAUGCGAAUUUACCACUAAGUUGUCUAAAAACUGUGAUCAAGUCACCUCUGGUUCUUCUAUAUGACAAUGAGAAUGGGUUUAGUUUAGCCAGUCUGUUAUCAUACAGGAGCUUCGCUAUUCCGAGAAUGAGUUUAGUUGCAGCUUUUUGAAUUUUUUCCAACAGCUCACUCUCUUUAGGCAGGGACUAGCUGCUUGCAUGCAGUACUAGGGUUUAGGACGAACAAGCAAUCUAUACAAAAUCGAAAAGGUUUUAGAAUCGACGUAGCUGAAUACUAACACAUAGACUAUAGGGUUCGAAGACCUUUGCGGCUAUUGUAUGGUAGUAUGCAGUAGCUUUUAGGUCUUAGCCCUGCGGUGCCGUAGUAUGGCGGGGUUGGGGUGGAUCCGCUCGCCCACGCGUGAACCGCCACUGACAGGGAAGUCCUACUCAUUGCCUUCUCGUGGCGAGGGUGUUGUUUACAAAAUUGAGAGGACGAAAAGCGAGUGUCUGGCGCUUUAAUCGGGUUGGUGGAUACAAAGGGUCCACCUAGGGUAGUUGGGAAACCCUGAUUCCAAACCAAUGGUGCGCAUUGGCUCCCGGAUCCUGGGGGAGUAAAUGGCGUGUGAAGCCAUCGUUGGUUACCAGCUACCAUGAGAUCACACCUCCUCACGCUGCCUCACUACCUUUUGAAUUAGACGUUUAGGUCAAAGGAUCCGAGUGUGGCCCUCUAGGGAGUCCACCUGCUUCAGUUUGGACACCUGGGUAGUAUCACAGCCUUCAGACAAAUCAAGUGACCUGUGUGGCGCAUAUGUAUUUGGUGCCUCAUUGUACCAAUGUUUAUGCGUUCUAAUAAAUAAAUAAGCCUACUAUGGCGUUCUUAUGGUCUUUCUGCAAUCUACUUUGGGUUACAUUUAGAUCAAAAUAUAUGCUUAAGGGAUUAGCGAUGAAAUUUGGCAGUUCAUUUAGUAACCUAGAUGCGUUUCUAACUUUUGUUAUUUUUCCUUAUUGCAGCCGUGGGAGGCGGCAACUAUUUAUUAACAUAAAGAUCCAGUCACAUGUCGAAACGCUCUGGCUUAGGUGUGGUAUGUCAUAUUUUUCCAGCUACUUAACUAGAAGUAAGAUCACUAGCGAAGAGUUAUCAAAACCUUUAAAAUUGUCCAAGCCAUCUUUGGAUAGUGAUGAAGAAGACUAUAACGAUAAAGAUUGUUUCCGAUUACAUGAAGCAGAUAUAGAUGGUCAGGAAGCUACGACUUUAGAGUAUGAUGAUGAAGUUAAAAUAACUCCAUUUAACAUGAAAGAAGAGCUUGAGGAAGAUGGUCACUUCGAUUCCGCUGGCACUUUCAUUUUCAAGAAACAAGUUGAUGCUCGUGAUAAUUGGUUAGAAGAUAUUAAUUGGCUAGAAGUCAAGAAAAACCAGGAAAAGAAUUCAUUGAAAGACACAUCGAUAAGCGAUGAACUCGGCGGGAAAAUGCUAAGUAAAGAGGAGAAACUCGCUUUGUACCAAGAACUCUUAUCUUAUUUACAACCUUCUGAGACCGUUCUGCGCAGUAUCAGACGUAUGGGUGCUUGUUCAGAUGCUAAGAAGUCCGCUUCAGCCAGCCAACGCUGGCUACGAAAUAAAAAUCCGAAAACUGAAACUCAGACUGGCAAUCCAGAAGGAUUAAUUCGUGUUACUGAAUUAGCUGACCAACUUGUUCAAGGCGGAGAUUUCGAUGUUUAUCAAAAAACAUUCGACGAUAUCAAAAAACUGGUAGAAUGUACAAAACAAUUCGCAGCAGAUGAUGAACUUGAAGUUCUCGGUCAGGCAUUUGAUGAAAAGCAAGCUGACAAUAAAGAUGGAAUCAAAUCAACUGAAGAGCAUGAUGGUACUGACCAUGAUGGCAGUAAUAAUAAUACCUCAGUCAUGUGGCAUUUAAAACGCUCAAAUAAACCAAAUACAGAGAUUGAAGGACCAUACACAUCUGAACAAUUAAAAGUGUGGCUUCAAGAUGGAACAUUUAAUGACGAUGACAAUAUUUUAAUACGUGAAUCAACGAAGUCCGAUGGACAAUUCUAUAACAUCACACGUAUUGACUUUGAUUUGUAUGAAUGAGAGAGUAAAUAUUUACUUCUUCAAUAUUAUGUUCCCUUCGUUUAUGUAUUCUAUUGUAUAUAGAAAGAUUUGUGAAUAUAUAUGUUCGUUUUUU